AUGUCUACUCUGAAUCUUUCGGUCUACGGUAUUAGGUUCCCGAAAACGCCACCGUUAGCGACAUGCUUUCUACUGUUCCUUUUGGUUGCUGCCUACCAGAGCGGUGUCUCGGCGAAAGGAACCAAGCAGAAGCGCCUUCUCAUCGAUCUGAGCGAUCCUUUGCUGACCGUCACCGAUCCAACCGUCUACUUCCACCACCAGCGACCACCACCGGUUCACCUGGCGGCUCCGACCUUCCCGACGCCAACCUUUUACGCCCCACCACCUCACGCCGGUCUACCACCGUCCUACGGCGAAACGCACCCGAGGUCUCUGGCCCCGCUGAAACCGGCGACCCUGUUCAAUGGUAACCUCUUCCAGUACUCCAACUACGGGUCUCCGUUUCCCUUCCUCACCGGCAACCAUCUCGGUCUGGGUGACGGCGAAACGUACGUGGCCGAUGGGCGCAUCCUGAAACAGUACGCCGUGAUGGAGUUCCACGCCGAGGAGCGGGACCGCAAUCUGCACCACGAGCGGCAACAUCUGCUCCAAAACGCUCAUCCGUUCCGAACCGGUCCAGUCCGUACGCCCUUCCCGGCGUAUCUGACCAAGUUUUCGUCCCCUUACGAACCACUGUACGCCGGAUCACCGUUUGGUUCUCCACUGCCGACGUUUGCCACACCACUGCCACAGCUAACCCCGUUCAAUCCCCGCUUCGGGGUACAGCAUGAUCAGCAGCGAUCGCCACUGCUGACCAAAAACCAUGGUCCCAUUGCCCUGGGUUCCGGUUCGCUCGGUUACAUCCACGGCCCGAACGGUGUUACCGUUGGCUCGGGAUCCCUCGGCUACAUCAGCCACCAGCAGCACCGGGAAACGUUGGCCGAGCUGAUCGAGCGGAAGAAAUCCAAGCACCUGCCCAGCCCGCUCACGUUUGGCCAUAAUCAUAACUGA